ACUAUCAAUAUUGGAUAUUGGAUAUUGGAAGGAAAUAAGGAUUUUUACGAUCACCAAAACAGUUUAACCAAGAAAAGAGAACCUAGCCUUGACAUGUGUAAGGUGGAUCUAAGAAACCACAGGUUCUUUUCAAUUGUAUUUUCUCUGUUUAUAUUGAUGUUAUGAGGAGACAUUGAAAAGUGGACAAGGACGGCUCCUCACCGCCUGUUACUAAUGCUUUCUGACCUAACGUUUAUGGACUAAAGUGUUUUGUUUUGGCAAUGGAAGAUUCUAUGAAACUAUUACAAGUUCAAGUGUUCUUUCGUCAUGGUGCAAGAACACCAUUGUUCCAUGUGAAGUCCAAUGUUGUUCCUGAGGCAAUAUGGUCCCCAGAUUUAUCUACAGAUUUACCGCAUACUUUAUAUCCAUAUCGUUUAGUUGAUAUUUCUACACAAAAACAAGUGGAACUUACUCCAGACUACUUAAACAGAUUAUAUGUUCUACCUGGUGGUAAUAGAGUUGGUGAGUUAACUAAAGGUGGUCAACAAGAUGCUUAUAAUUUGGGAAUUCGUCUGAAGAAGCAAUACACAGGGAAAAAUUGUAAUUUCCUAUCAAAAACAUUUGAACCAUCACAGUUCUAUAUGAGAACAACUUUUAUUGCAAGAACAAUUAAAUCUCUUCGUUGUGUUGUUGCUGGUCUAAUUGGAGAUGAUAUUGAUUCUGUUGACUCUAAAUUAAGGUCUACACCUGUAACUUUUGAUUGUGAGAAGUUGAAUGCUGAAAUUCUUUUUCCAAAUCCAAAUACUCAUGAAAUUAUUUUACAAUUAUUCAAACAUGGAACAAAUGAAUGUUCUAAAUCAAAAAAUCAUCAAGAAGUUAAAUCAACUUUACGCCAAAUCUUGGGUGUUGAACGACUUAUAGAUUGUGUUGAACAACGUCCUGCAGAUUAUGAUUGUCCAAUUUAUUUUGUCAGAGAUGAUUAUUUAGCACGUAAACAAGCUGGUUUCCCGAUACCAAGUGAAUUAGAUAAACUACUACCACAUUUGGAUAAUUUAUCAUCCCAAGAACUUUUACAUGAAAUUCUUGGCAAAAGAAAGGAUUGGGAGACAAAUGUUCAUAUUAUCUUCAAUGAUAUUUUCUCCCUUAUUCUCUCCAAUUUGAUAAAUUAUGAAAAAUUACCUCAAUUUCAUCUAUACGCAUGUCAUGAUUCUUCAUUAAUGUUAUUAUUAUUCGGUUUAAAUGUAUUCGAUGGAUGCUGGCCACCAUUUGCAGCUGAUUUAAUAUUUGAAUUGUAUACAACAAAGACAUCAUCAUCAUCAUCAUCAUCAUCAUGUUGUCAAUCAACAUCUUCUCAUCUUCGUCCUGGUGAUAAUUCAUUAACUCUAGUGGAUUAUAAAAAUUCUGAGAAAUUAAAUAAUCUAUGGUUUCGUCUAUUGUAUCUUGGUAAACCAAUCCCUUUGAAAUCUUUAUGGAAUUUAUCAUCUUAUUCAAAUGGUUAUGAUAUGUUAGAUAAUGAUACCUUAUCAUCAUCAUCGUCAUUGGUUCCAUUGAAAGUAUUAUAUGAAAAGCUUGAAGAAGCAAAAACAUUGAAACAUUGAAAGUAUUACACAUAUAGAUUAAAAUGAUAAUUUGUAGUAUCUCCUAUUUUAUUUUUCUGUGUAUGUGUGUUUGUGUGUGUGCAGGGGGGGGGGCAGGUUGUUUGCUUUCACCUAACAUUAUUCUCUGUGUUAGCAUGAUUGUUAAUUGAUUGUGUGUGUGUGUGUGUGUUUACGUACGUACUUACUGUCAGCGAUUGGCGCCCCCUACUGUGGGUUACAACGAACAAUUGGACGGUUCAAUGUUCAAUAAAAAGUUAAACUACGCCAAAUGUUAUAUGAAUUCAAAGAUGAUUAUGGUUACUUUUUAACAGAGCUUAUAUAUUGUCUAUCAAGAGUAUGAUUUUUACUCCUGAUCAAGUAUGUAUAUCUUAUUAUUUUGUUUGUUUAAUGUGUUUAUUUGAAUGGAUGGUUGUAUGUUCACGUGGACACAUUUGUGUCAUAACCAACCCCAGUAACUAUAAUACAGUUUGUGGAGGAAAGUUUCUCUAUAGAUUUAUCAGAUUUAGUUGUUCAGAUACCUACUCAUUCUUUUUAUUUGUUCACACCUCCUCUUUUUAGAAUUCGUUGUCAUUUUUUCCUUUACUUUCCGGUUAGCUUCAUCUUCCAUAUUCAUGUGACUUUUGUCAACUUCAUACAACAUCAUCUUUGAUGGUGUACUUAGACAAAUCGUGUACAACAUACAUUUUCUGUUGAAGAGUAUUUUUUUUGUUUUUAGUUCAAUUUAUCGGCUAACCGAUUGUUUUAAGUUUGAUUUAGCAAAAAAACAGUAUAGACAGCAU